GGUCAGCUGACCGCCCACGUGACUUUGCGGAAGUAAGCCCGUUGACAACAUGAGUGGAUGUGGAGCAGAUGAUCAGCAACAAUGACGCGCUGCUUCACGCUGUUGUUCCUCGUCUCUGUAAGUGUGACCAGACUCCCGUGUGUUCUGGGUUCGUGCGGGGCAGAGCGAGACCUCACCGCCGCGGAGGGAGCACCGAGCUGCGGCUGUGAGAGCCUGAGGAGAGCCGCCUCUGCUGUGGAGCAUGUAGAGGAGAAGACAUCUUCACCAUCUGACAAAUACUCCAGAGGAGCCAAUGAGGAGCUGUCCGAGGCGCGAGGAGACGAGAGGAGCUCACUGAGUCAGAUGGUGCUGAUUUCUGGAGGAGAAUUCCUGAUGGGAACAGAUGACCCAGGCAUCCCUGCAGAUGGAGAGAGUCCUCAGAGGCGGGUGCACGUUGACUCCUUCUACAUGGACAUCCAGGAAGUCACCAGCAGGCAGUUUCAGACCUUUGUCGGUGCCACAGGAUACGUCACUGAGGCAGAGAAAUUUGGAGACUCAUUUGUAUUUGAGGGACUUUUGAGUGAGACAGUCAAAAACCAGAUUACCCAAGCAGUGGCUGCUGCCCCCUGGUGGCUUCCAGUCAAAGGUGCCAACUGGAGGCAUCCUGAGGGUCCAGACUCCAACAUCACCAACCGGCUGGACCAUCCAGUUCUCCAUGUGUCCUGGGCGGAUGCUGUCGCCUACUGCUCCUGGGCAAACAGGAGACUUCCUACAGAGGCAGAAUGGGAGUAUGCUUGCAGGAGCGGCCUGAAAGACAGACUUUAUCCAUGGGGAAACAAGUUGAACCCAAAAGGACAACACUACGCCAACCUGUGGCAGGGGGAUUUCCCCAACCAUAACUCUGGAGAGGAUGGAUACGUCACAACUUCACCAGUGAUGUCCUUUCCUGCCAAUGGCUUUGGUCUGUAUGACAUGGUGGGGAACGCAUGGGAGUGGACAUCGGACUGGUGGACUGUGCAUCAUACCACAGACCAGCAACACAACCCAAACGGACCACCAUCAGGUGCAGACAAGGUGAAGAAGGGAGGAUCUUAUAUGUGCCACAAGUCUUACUGUUACAGAUACAGAUGUGCAGCCCGUAGCCAGAACACUCCUGACAGCUCGGCCUCUAAUCUUGGGUUUCGCUGUGUCUCUGAGGAGCGACAGUGACCUGACCUGCUUGUCUUGAACACACAGUCCCUUAUUCCAUCUGCUCUCUAACCCCAGUGUUGGAAGUAAAGUCCAUGAAAGCAGUAUUUGUAUUUCAAUAGUGAGGCUAUUUAUCUGCCAUAACAUUCACAUGAAUCAGAAGAUGAUUUAAGAGAAAAAGGAAGACAGGGCCUCAAACAGUUUGCAGUGGAGAAUGUCCUACAUGAUUGCAGACGUUGUUCGAACCUUAAAGAUUCAGGCUUUUUAUUUUCUUUUAAACCUUUUCUUUUAUUGGAAUUGAAUAUAAAACAUUGAUUGUUUCUACUUUCUUAGCACAAGUAGAAUAACUCUAGUCAUUCUUUCUGCUUGUGUGGUUCAAAGAACUUUUCAAUUGCCAAGAUCAGCAAGGUCCUGUAAAUGUGAAAAUAGGUUUUAUCAGUUGUCAUUAUCAACAAAGACCUGGUUGGAUUAGAGGUUGAAAUGUAUUUCUUUAUGUAUAAUGACACUGACAUUGUUGUAAAAUUCAUGUAAAAUAUUUUUGUAUAAUGUUUUUGGAAACAGAUAAAUUUGUGUCAAA